GCCAGGCUGUGAGAGAUUAGGGGCUGCAGCGGGGGCCAAUCUCAGCCAGCUCGCCUCUUCCCAGCGGCCUCUGCGGGAGUGGUGGGUGUUGUACACAAUCAUCAUGGCGGCGGCCGGGGCCCCGGAUGGCAUGGAGGAACCUGGCAUGGACACGGAGGCCGAGACGGUGGCGACCGAGGCGCCCGCGCGGCCUCUCAACUGCGUGGAGGCCGAAGCCGCGGCGGGGGCGGCGGCCGAGGACUCCUGCGCCGCGCGAGGCAGCCUGCAGCCGGCCCCGGCCCAGCCCCCUGGGGACCCCGCGGCCCAGGCCUCGGUCAGCAAUGGCGAGGAUGCGGGCGGCAGCGCAGGCAGGGAGCUGGUGGACCUGAAGAUCAUCUGGAAUAAGACCAAGCACGACGUGAAGUUCCCCCUGGACAGCACAGGCUCCGAGCUAAAACAGAAGAUUCACUCGAUUACAGGUCUCCCUCCUGCCAUGCAGAAAGUCAUGUAUAAGGGACUCGUCCCCGAGGAUAAGACAUUGAGAGAGAUAAAAGUGACCAGUGGGGCCAAGAUCAUGGUGGUUGGCUCCACAAUAAAUGAUGUUUUAGCAGUAAACACGCCCAAAGAUGCCGCGCAACAGGAUGCAAAAGCCGAAGAAAACAAGAAGGAGCCUCUCUGCAGGCAGAAACAACACAGGAAAGUGUUGGAUAAAGGCAAGCCUGAAGAUGUGAUGCCGUCUGUUAAGGGUGCCCAGGAGCGCCUGCCAGCAGUACCCUUGUCUGGCAUGUACAAUAAGUCCGGAGGAAAAGUGAGACUCACCUUUAAGCUAGAGCAAGACCAGCUGUGGAUCGGCACUAAAGAUUCCUGGAGGGAACCGAACAUGCCUAAUUCACCUGUUUCUGGCCAGCACUGUAGGUAUUCAGUGUUCGAGAGCGGACUGAGAAAUUGCCCAUGGGCUCCAUUAAAAAUGUGGUCAGUGAACCUAUCGAAGGACAUGAAGACUACCACAUGAUGGCGUUUCAGUUGGGCCCCACAGAAGCCUCUUACUACUGGGUGUACUGGGUUCCAACUCAAUAUGUGGAUGCAAUCAAAGACACUGUGCUGGGGAAAUGGCAGUAUUUUUGAAAGCACUUUCACCUCUGGCCCAGGAGACUGACCCAAAGUGAAGGACAUUGCCGGGAGAGGCCUGCAGCAUCCCUGGAUUUCAGAGUUCUGGAACUUUGUUCAAAAAAAAUCUAUAUUCAAUCUAAGGCGAUGUGGUGACUGAAGCCAGAGGUGAUGUACUUUCACCAUUAGCUUAAUUUUAACUUAAAAUCACCGGUUCCCUUUCUUGCAGUCAGCUUCAUACCAUUUUUAAAGUUAAAACGGUGGAAAUCAAUAAAUUUGAAUUCCGAACAUGUUGUGUGGAAUACUCUUAAGUGUGUUUGAGAGUAGAUCUGCCAAUUAUGUUGAGAAGGGAAUGAUCAAAAGCUUUCUGGGUUUUUUUUAAGUGAUUUCAACUGAAAUAUUUUCAUAAAUCUUUGGUUGCAAACAUUUGGACUGCAUUGUGAUAAGUUGGGGUGUAUUUUUUUCCUUUUUCAUAUAAAAUUGUAUGCAAAAUGGGGGGGUUAGUAAGCCAUAUAUUUCUAUCCAUUGAUUCAGAUUUAAUUCUUUCCCUUUUUUCAUUUUCUCACUUCCUAGAUUUUAGUUUUUGUUUUAAAAACCCAAAGAUGUCAGUUCCUCUUUUAGUACCUCAUCAACGCUUCCUUUCCUGGGCUUCCUCCCGCCGUGCUGCUGCUGCUUGUGAACGCGCGGUGGGAGAGGAAGAGGUCUUUGGUCUUGGUCAGGGAGCUCUCACACUUGCUGUGGUGUUUGUUGAGCAGCAGAGUAUCUCACAGUGACUCCUGUCUAAACGUCUUGCCCUUUGGGGCCCCCAUCUCUGGGAGUUCCAUUGCUGGUCUGCAACCCUCACUGAGCUUGGCUUUGAGGCUCAGCCUGGCAUGGGUGUGCCUGGGCUAUGUUGCUCAAAAGCCCCAGCUCCCAGGCAGACAAAGGCCUCUUCGAGGAUGAGCCAGGUAGGAGAUAGUUUAUACAGCCACAUAACCACAGAUCCAGAUACCUUCUUUCUUUGGAAGUUUCAAGAAAUUCUUAAGCAGUCCAAUGGUUAUUUCAAUUAUGCUUCUCCAUUUGGUCCUUCUGCUCAUGCAUUAAGUUCAAGUGUCCUUUAUCCCAGGUUCAGAGAUGCUGCCUUCCUCCAUAAGAAGACAACUGACUUAGUGGGUUGGCCACUGUCAUUUGAACAACGAAAGUGGGAUAAAUUGCUUUCAUGAUUAGCUCACCCUCUUCUGGUUUUUAGCCCUUUUGUUCUUUGUACACGUGAACUUCUGUCCAUCUCCUUCUGGCUUGAUUGACUCUGAAAUGAGGGAAAGUCUCUUGGUGAAUGAUAUCCUUUGUGCUGUUUGCUGUUUCUCUGCUGCUGUCUUUGCAAUUCUCCUCUCACUGGUUGCAGGCUUUCAUAGUACAGUUUGGCGAGAAAUCUUCCAAACUUCACAUUUUGGAUUCUAGGCUGUUACCCCUCAUUCUGUGAAAUGUAUUAGCAUGUAUUCGCCUAAGAUGACUAUUCCUUGUGAGCCAGUUAAUGAUAUUCUGCGCCCUUCCCUUCUAAGCUGUAGUUCAGGAAUCCAGCCCAUGUAGACAGACUCUUGCUUUCUUUCCGUGGUGUAGUCAAUGCCAAGUUAUGCACCUGAGCAGGAAAAUCUACUUUUUGCUUUUUUGGGGGCAUAAGUAUACAUGUGAAGUGCAGUGUCCAAGAAACUGCCUGUUUUUCAUACCUUGAAAAAAGGAGCGGUCAUUGCAGUUUUUCUGUCCUUUUUGGCCUGCAGUUCCUGGGGAAAGAGUGCUUCUUUGCUACUUGUGCAAGCCUCCCUCUAUGGGUGACAGGUCUAUGGAGGAAAUGAUAUGUAUUAAUAGCAAGGAGAGCAUCAUCUCGGUCCGAAUACUGCCCCCUUUGUUUGCCAACACCCCAGUCCUAGAGACUUGUGUUGAUAGUGCCGCACACCCAUUUUUGAGCUCUCAAAGCAGGCAUCUCCGUCCCCAGACUGGCCUUGCUGCUCCCCGAGGUCCCUCCACCCCUUCCCCUCACUUGCCCUGCUCUGGUGGCUCCCCCAUCCACAGCCCUUCUUCCCAGCAAGAGCAUGUUUCCCAUUGUCUCCCCGCUCCCCAAGGGCCAACUGCUUCUCACUCAGGCCGGUGUCAUUUGAGGAGGACCAAAGCCUGUGUGAGCCUUUUUAUUUUAAGUACAAUGGUGCUUUUUUCCUUACUUCAAAAUAUUAUAUACAAAUAAUGUAUGUGACACCUUUUCAUAUGGAGCUGUUUGAGUAUUGCUUCAGGGAGCUCACUAAAUCUGCUACAACAAUCUUGAGCUCUGGCUCCUCACCCUGUCUGCAUGGAAGACCUUGCUGGAAGGUCUCAGGAGAGCAGACAUAGACAGCAUCAGAAGCCACUGGGAGAAGUGUUUUAGAUCUAUGUCUGGGUCACAACAGUAUUCACUAUUUUGUCACUCAGUCCCAUGGGCAGUCUCUUCAUAUAUUUCUUACAGUCUGGAGUGUGCUGACUAAAUACUGUGUAAGCAAAUUGAAAUACUCUUUCCCCUUAGGUAGCAUCACAGUGUUUAUUUUUUUCCUCAGGAUUAUUUCUAUACAAUUUCUUCACUGUCAGAGGGGACCGAUCUUUCCGUCACUGUGGCAGAGGGCAUGCUGUGGAUAAAGGAAGAGCUGGUUCUGGGAGAGGGACUCUAACAGUGUUACCUGAAGCUAGAGGUUGAGUGAUGGCCUGCCCACUGCAACAGUGGUUGAGGAGGCUGCUAGCUCUUCUGUGCUGGACACCUCUCUGAGCUUCCUGAUGGGCUUCUUUUAUAGAAUUAGUUCCAGUGAUCCUCCUGCAGGUCUUUGCUCACAGACAUCAUGCCUUUCUUUCCCUGCCUUGAGGCACCUUGGCAGAAUAAUGUGACAAUAUAAUCCCUGCUGAGUCCGGUCCCUGUCAGCUGUUUCAAGACAGUCAAAUCAGAGAAUUUAGAAAGACAGACUCAUGAGUUGCUGGAACUCCUUGGUAUUCUUUUAAUCCAAGAUGGGCCUUUUGCAAGUAGCGUUAGCUCUUUUUAAAUAAAGUUUAACUGAGCUAAGUAAGGAUGCACUUUGUUAUAAUCUUGUGGUCAUAGUAGGGUCCCAGGCGAGGCCCUCAGUAGGCUCCUUAGUUGCUGCUUUACCUUAUGAGGGCCAAAGAGAUUAAUUGCCACGUUGCCACAUCUCAGAAAAGUUGCCAUAUUUCACCCAGAAGGGGCUUGUUUUCCUCUUAUUCUUUCUUUAACCAUGUGCCUGGAGGAGCGCUCUGGGCUCUUGCACUUGGCCCACCCUUUCUUUGCCAGAGGCAGGAAAGGGACAGGGAAUGGAUUCAGUGUGCCAAGGGCCGUGCAAGGGCAGGCCUUCUUUCCACCCAUCUGCUGAGGGAGACGUCUUUCUCUUGCUCCUCGCCUCUGUUCAUGCUUGUUGUCUUGGAAAAGGAUGGUCCCUUUGUCUUAAGGCUUUGUGAUAAAAUCAUCUCCUGUUAGGAUUGGUGCCUGUUUCCUUCUUAAUAGGGCCUCAAGGCCUUUCUGAAGUUACAGGCAGGAGCCCUCUGAUGUGCAGAACAUCUGGUAGAUUUACCUGCCAGGCUGGGUGGUUCUACUGCUUUCUAGAUUUCUAAGAACCUCUUUCUUUUUCUUUUUUAAAGAGUUCUGCAGAAUUAUUUGACAAUAAAUGUAAGUACCAUGUUACCUUGUGGUGUACGCUCUGUUCUGGUUUCUGUUUUUAAAUCAAAUGCCUGUUUGGGAGGAGAUGAACGUAUUUAGUCUAUUAGAUUUGCGCUGCUGGAUUUUGUUUUUUAAAAGUGUAACCUCGACUAGCUGUCUUAUUGUUUAUCCUGUAAGAUUAGUCUAUCAAUUAAAGUUUGAUAAUUAA